AUGAACAGCCGUGACCUUCCAUGGCAAAGCAUGGCUAUCAGUGCGAUGGGACAUCUCCAACACGUCGUGACAGGACAAAUUGCGUCAGCAGCCACACCCCGGUCGUGGGGUAGCGAUAAAAUACCACCAGAUUUUUGGCGUGUGGACGACGCAGGAUGUGAGAUCUUCCAUUGGGAAGUUCGUCCACUCCGUGAGCUUAUGCAGCUUCAAUGUCCAGAUCGUGAGGCUGUGUUGAUGGCAAGCGAUCCUGCGAGCCCCGAAUAUCAAUAUGACCCCGAGGCAGAUGCGCCAAGUAGCAAGAUAUCACCCUCAGACGACGAGAUAGAGGAUCCCAAAUCAUCUCCAUCUGAGGCUCCUCUGAUGGAGUCGAUGGAGGUAGACGAGGAGUCGGUUGAAGGUCGUGUAUCACCCAGGACUAUCGAGGGUGCCUCGUCUUUUGCGAAGACACUCAUUCGAGGAUGGAAAGAUCUCGAUAGUCUCAUGGCUGGACUCAGUCGACCUAUCGACCAUUCUGGCGAUGAGGCUCCGCCACCCGAGGUGAACGAAGGUGCCAAUAAUGGUGAUGAAAUACUCUCGAACCCAUUUGAUGGCUCCAGCUCGGGCAUUAUCGAUUUCGGAUCGCUGAUGAACCGCCUGGAUGGCGACAUGAACGGUGACUGGAGUGAGAAUGAGAACAGUGGUACACUUCCUCUGGCGCAGGCGAUGACAGGAAGUUACGUGCCGAUGGACCAAGAACUGCUUGUUUUGAAGGGCACGACGCCUUACAAGACGUGGACAGGACUGGUGUAG